CAGCUCCAACCACAGUGCCAUCCACCAGAGGGCCAUGAACCUGCAGGGCCAGUGCCAGGAGUACCUGAAGAACGCCGAGCACCAGCUUCAGUCUGGCGGCAACCAGGGCGAAGCAGAGCGCUGCAUGAUGAUGGCCAGGGAGAUGAUCGAGCAGCUGAAGGGCUGCGCCAUGGACCUGAGACAAAUGGGACAACCCAACGACAACGUGCUGAGGGGCCUGGAGCAGUGUACGGACCAGCUGAAGGGCGUCCACAUGCAGAUGAGCGGCUCCAUGAAAAGGAGACGCAGCACCAGGGCCGGCUCCUGGGAUGAGCCUGGGAGGAGCUUCACUGACGCCCUCGCCUGGAUCUCACAGCAGAAGCGUCUGAUUGAAACGUCUCCUUGGGGAGACGACCAUGACGCCAUCGAGCAGCAGCUCAUCAAUCACCAGAAGUUUCACAAAUCCAUCCAGAAGAGCGGCGAGGUGGACCGAGCCAGAGACGACCUGAUGUCAAAAGGAGAUAAAGGGAAUCUUCACGCUCUGGAGCAGGAGUGGGACAGCCUCCAGCAAAUCUCGUAUGGUCGGACGCAGCAGCUGCAGGAUCUGCAGCAGAUCAUCCAGGACAUCUCCAAAGAGAUCAUGUGGGUGAACGACAGGGAGGAGGAGGAGCUGAUGUUUGACUGGGGAGACAAGAACAUCGACAAGUACAUCCCAGAGAAGCAGGAGAAGUACUCCAAACUGAUGAGCGCCCUGGAGGAGAAGGAGAAGCACCUGAACAAACUGAAGAUCAAAGUGGAUGCGCUCCUGAAGAACAACCACCCGGCCGCCGAGAAGAUCGAGGCGUACAAAGACACACUGCAGACUCAGUGGAGUUGGCUCCUUCAGAUUACUAAAUGCAUCGACACUCAUCUGAAGGAAAAUGCAGCUUACAGCCAGUUCUUCAAAGAGGCCAACGACACGUACAGCAACCUGCAGAAGGAGCACGAGAGCGUUCGCAAGAAGUUCACCUGCGACAAGAACACGUCCCUGGAGAACCUGCAGGAGCUCCUCAAGGGCCUGGAGAGGGAGAAGGAGAAGAUCAUGGACAACAAGAGGCAGGUUCAACAUCUGGUCAGCAAGUCGAGGACCAUUGUGAGACUGAAACCCAGAAACCCAGAGGACAAGAGCAGCAGCGGCGUCAUUGUCAAGGCUCUGUGCGACUUCAAACGAGACCAGAAGGUGAUCCUGAAGGGCAAUGAGGCCAUCCUGAAGGACAACAGUCAGCGCAGCAAGUGGGACGUCACCGGCCCAGGAGGACUGGACAUGUUGGUGCCGUCUGUGUGUCUGAUCAUUCCACCGCCCAAUCCACUCGGUAUCAGCCUGGCCAACAAGAACGACCAGUACUACGAGGCCAUCCUGUCCAUCUGGAAUCAGCUGUACAUCAACGUGAAGAGUCUCAUCGCCUGGCAGUACUGUCUCAUUGAUAUCAGACGCAUCAGCUCCCUCGACAUCACCAUGCUGUCCAAGAUGCGUCCUGAGGAGUAUCGCCAGAUGAUCAAGAGUCUGGAGACCAACUACGAGGAGUUCAAGCGAAGCUGCAACGGCUCGCAGAUGUUUGCUGAAGAGGACAAGAAGGAAAUUGAGAACCAGUUCAGCGGAGCCCAGAGGCGCUACGACCAGCUGGUGGUGCAGCUGCCGACUUACAUUGUUCGACAAGACGGCGCCCAGCAAGCAGCCGCCCAGCAAGCAGCCGCCCAGCAAGCAGCCGAGCGGCAGCGACAACAGCAGCUGAUUCUCCAGCAGCAGCAGGAACAAGCUGCGGCUGAGGCGGAGGCUCGGAGGCGGGAGGAAGAGGCCAGGAGGCUCGAAGAAGAACGACGGAUAGCGGAGCAGAAGAAAAAUGUGAUCAAGAAGGAGGUGGGGAAAGUGACCAGGACGGAUGGGGGGAAGAAGAAGGUGGGGUCAUCCUCCUCAUCCUCCUCAUCCUCCUCAUCCUCCCGCAGCCUCUCAGAGCUGCAUGCGCUCAGACUGAGGCUGGAGGCCGCUGAGGGAUCGCUGAGUCGCCAUGUUCACAUCUGCCUGGGAGACGAUGGGGAGCACGACUGUGGCCUCAGGAUCACACAGUUGGAGGCGGUGCAACGCGACAUAGACUCGAUGCUUGAGGAGUAUUUACGUCUGAAGGAGCACAUCCUGAAAGAGCUGGAGGGCAUGAGCGACUCAGAUAAAGCCCAGUUCCUCCGCAGCGAGGUAACCAUCAUCAACCAGAGACUGGGGAGUCUGGAGAGCAGCCAUUCAUCCUAUCUGCAGAGGCUGCGGGCUCUAAGGGACAUGCUGGAGAGUGUGGCACGAGCUGAGGACAUAGUGAAAGUUCAUGAAGCGAGACUGACGGAGAAAGAGACGACUUCUCUGUCGCAGAGUGAAGUGGAGGAUUACACAUCCACCCUGAAGAGUAUUAAAGCCGAGUUGGAUCAGAAGCAGGAUGUUCUGACCUCCAUGGAGGCGGAGCUAGCCAAGGCGAGCCACUGGAACGGCCAGGUGGGCGGCCCCUUCCAGAGGUGCGACCUGAUGCUGUCUAAAUACUCCGAGCAAGUGGGACUGCUGUCCGACCGCUGGAGACGAAUCCAGGGACAGCUCGACACCAGAAUCCAGGAUCUGAAUCUUUAUAAGCCUCAGCUGCAACACUACCAGGAAACCAGCUCCUCCUUCAGUGACUGGAUCGAUGUCACACGGAAGAAGCAGGAGGCUCUGCAGGCCACCAAGAUCGAAAGCGUCCAGACACUGAAAGAGCACAUUGACAAACAGAAGGUGCUGAACUCAGAAAUCAAAUCCCGGAGGGAGACAUUAGACAGCGUGCUGAAGGACAACGAGGCCUGUGUGAACUCUGUCAAGGACUAUGAAGCAUAUCUCGCCUCUUACACAUCUGGUUUGGAGACUUUGCUCAACAUCCCCAUCAAGAGGACGAUGCUGAGCUCCCCAUCGAUGGAUCUACAUCAGGAGGCCACGCAGCUGCAGACCCGUUACAUGGAGCUGUUUACGCUGUCGGGUGACUACUCCAGUUUCCUGGGACAGUUGCUCAGAAACAUGGAGGAGCUCAAGAUCCGUAACACCCGGAUCGACCUGUUAGAGGAAGAGCUCCGCCUGCUGAAGGACGACAUCCUAGACCGCAACUCCAAGAACAAAUCCCUGGAAGACGCUGUUGCCCGCUACAAGCUGGAUCUGUCCAAUUCCAAGAACCAGCUGCUGUCGAUGGAGGAGGUGAAGCGGAACACGGCCAUGCAGUGCAACGCCACAAAAGAAAGCCUGGAUAGCACUCACGGUCAGUUGGCCGACCUCAACGAUCAGGUGACACGACUCACCUACUCACUCGAGGAAGAAAAGAGGAAGAGGAGGCUGGCAGAGGAGCGCUACACCCACCAGCAGGAGGAGUAUGACUCUGUGCUGAGGAAGAGGCAGAAGGAGCUGGAGACGGUCAGCUGGUCCAAGGUGGAGGUGGAGAAGAGCGUGGUCACUAAGGAUCACGAGAUUGAGCAGCUGAGGAGGCAGCUGGCUGAUGAAGCAGCGAGGCUUAAGGAGCUACAGAAGGAGAUAUCAAAGGUAAGGAGCCAAUGCAGUGACGAGGUCAAUAACUUAAAGCUGAGCUACGAAUCCCACAUCCAAGUAAGUCGCACAGACAUUCAGAGACUGUCGGCGCAGAGGGAGGAGGAUACGACGGAGCUCCAGCUGCGCUACGACAGGAUGGAGGCAGACAGGAGGAAUCUGGAGGAGGAGCUCAGGAGGAUCAGAAUGUCUACCAGCCAGGCUGAGGAACAGAAAAACAGGGCUGAGGAGGAAGCUCGCAGUCAGCGUGUUCUCAUCACAGAGGAAGGGCGGAGGAGGAGAGAGCUGGAAAGUAAGGUGGAGGCGCUGAUGAGCCAGAUAGACAUUGAGAACAGACAGUACAGAGAGGAGCUGGCUGAGGUGAUGAACGCCCUGCAGGAGAAGAGCGAGCAGCUGGACUACGUCACACAUAGUCUGGAGGAGGAGACCCGCAGGAGGAAAACCAGCGAGGAGGGGCAGGGUGUGCUCGAAGAGAGUCUUGCCCAGAUGCAGGGGAAGCUGGCGAACUCAUCCAUAGCUGGGACGCAGCUGAGGGAGUGCGAGGAGGAGCUUCAGACGAUACGUUUGGAGCUGGAGAAGGAGAGAAGGGAGCGAAGCAGAGUUGAACAAAACUUGAGCAGGUUACAGGGACGCAUCAAGGACCUUCAGACCGUGAGAGACGGGCUGGAGAGCCAGGUGGAGACUCUGAGGAAGGCUAGCCUAGACGAAGUGGCGAGAAGAGGGCAGGUCGAAACAGAGCUGGAAAAGACCACACUGGCAAUGACAGAGUGCACAAGAACCAUCACUGCUCUGCGCCAGAGCCAAGAACAAGCCAGCACAUCCGGAAAAAGAGGGGAAGAAGAGCGACUUAGGUUGCAGGAAGAGCUGGAGAGAAGCCUGAGGCAAAGCAAGACCUCUGCAGAGCAUCAGACCAAGCUGAGCGCUGAGCUGAAGGCUCUGCAGCAGCAGCUGCUCCAGGAGCAGGCCCGAGUCAAAGAGGCAAACCUGAGGAACGAAGGUCUUUACAGAACCAUAGAAGAGAAGAGUAAAGCGCAGAAUGAGAACUCUGCUGAGCUUCAGAGACUCAAGGAAUCGACAGAAGCCCAGACCAAAGAGAGGCUGAGGCUGGAGGAGGAGCUGCGAGGGGCAAGACACGAUAAAGAGGAGGUCUUGAAAUCCAAAAGGACGAGUGAUGAUGAGCUCUCCUCUCAGAUAACUGCCCUGGACCUACAGCUGCAGGCCAGCGAGCGCAGCACCGUAGAAUACCGUAACCUGGUCUCAGAGCUCUCCUCUGAGAGGGAGAAACUCAAGCUGGAGGCUGAGAGAAUACAAAAGCAGGUCACUGAGACAGCGUCCAUGAUGCAGUCCACUCAGUCAAAGUACAUUGAGAUUGUAAAUGAGAGAGACGAUCUGCUGCUGAAACUCCAAUUGUCCAACAAGGACAAAGAUCGCUUCCGAACGCUGGAGGAGGAACUCAGUCGCAUCAAACUGUCCCUAGAGUCCGAGCUUCGUAAUAAACAACAUCUACAGGAUGAGAACGAGAGGGCUAAGAAGGAUUCAAGUUACUGGAAGGAGCAGUAUGAUAGCAAGCAUAGCCUGAUUAGGCAAUAUGACACAGAUAAGGAGCGUAUGGAGCGAGAAAGGAACUCUCAGAGGAGUGAGAUAGAGAGGCUGAUGCGAGAACUCAGGGACCUUGAGGAUACGUAUAAAGGUAAACUGUCGGCCCUCCAGAAAGAAGUGCGAGAUGGGAUGAUAAUCAGAGAAACCAUGGUGGCUGACCUGAAAAAAGCUCCCCCAACCUUGGAUGCUUCCACUGUGGUUUUUGAUGGAGUCCGCAAGCCAGUCACAGCAAGUCAGCUUCUCGACUGUGGUGUAUUAGACAAACCAACAUUUAACCAGCUGGUGAAGGGACAUAAGACUGUCCCCGAAGUGUCUGCCGACAAGAAAGUCAGUCUUAAAGGAACAGGGCCAAUUGCUGGAGUAGUUGUUGAAGGUCCAAAGGGUCCAGGCUCCGUGGGAGGACUCCUCUACAAAAUGACUUUCACAGAGGCCAAGGCAGAGAAUCUCCUGCCACCAGAUAGUGUUGACCUGCUUCUGGAUGCUCAGGCUGCCACAGGCCACAUCAUUGACCCGAGAACAAAUCGGAAGCUGACAGUUGAGGAGGCAUGCGAUCAAGGCGUAGUUGAUGAAGAGGACAGAGAUAGGUUGUUGGCAGCAGAAGCUGCAGCUGUAGGGUAUAAAAGUCCUGGCACAAGCAAACCCCUCUCUGCAUUUCAGGCCUUGAAGAAAGGACUGAUUGACAAGAACACAUCACUACGUCUGCUGCAAGCCCAGGAGUCUGUGGGAGGCAUUCUAGAUCCCAUACUAAGUGUGUUCCUUCCCAAAGACACAGCCAUUGAGCGUGAUUUAAUGGAUGAUGACAUAUAUCGUGCAUUGAAUAAGAAGCCUGCUCUCUACCUGGACCCAGACAGUGAGGAGGGUGCCACUUAUAUGGCCCUGAAGAAGAGAUGUAGGGUAGAACUACACACUGGCCUCCUGCUCCUUCCUGUCUCAGAUAAGGCAGACCUCUCCAGACUUGUCUUCGAUGGUGUUCGGAAACCUGUCACAGCCGCAGAGCUGCUUGAUUGUGGUGUAAUAGACAAGCCAACUUUUAAAGAUCUCGAAAAGGGAAAGAAAUCUGUCCCAGAUGUGUCUGCAGACAAAAAAGUCAGUCUGAAGGGGACUGGACCCAUUGCCGGGGUUAUAGUUGGAAAUCAAGGCAAGAUGUCAUUAUCAGAAGCUAAGAAACAAAUGCUUCUGCCUACCGAUUGUGCAGAUUUACUCCUGGAGGCCCAGGCUGCCACAGGCCACAUCAUUGACCCUAUGAACAGCCAGAAGCUGACAGUAGAGGAGGCAUGCACCAGAGGGGUGGUGGAUAUUAAGGAUCGAGACAAAUUAUUGGCAGCAGAAGCCGCUGCUGUGGGAUACAAGGAUUCCAGCUCGGCCAAGCCUGUCUCUGUGUUUGAGGCCAUGAAAAAGGGUCUAAUUGAUAGCAAUACUGGGCUGCGCCUCCUGCAGGCCCAGGAGUCAGUGGGAGGAAUCCUAGAUCCCAAUUUCAGUGUGUUUGUAACUAAAGACACAGCUAUCAAGCGCAAGCUUUUAGAUGAAAACCUUCGUAAAGCUCUAAACAAGAAUCCUGCUUGUUACCUUGAUCCAGAAACUGAGCAGGAUGUCAGCUAUGGGGCAUUGAAGAAAAGAUGCAAGACAGAACCGCACACAGGUCUGCUGCUUCUGCCAAUCACUGAGAAGCUAGAUCCUUCCAAACUCAUCUUUGAAGGUGUACGUAAGCCAGUAACGGCACAACAGUUGCUUGAUUGUGGAGUCCUGGACAAACCAACAUUCAACAAGCUAAUAAAGGGAGAGACAACGGUCCCUGAGGUGUCUCAGGAUAAAAAGGUCUUCCUAAAAGGAACAGGGACCAUUGCUGGUGUGAUAGCAGGACCUUUAGGGAAAAUGUCUUUAUCAGAGGCCAAGAAACAGAUGCUCAUACCCACAGAGAGUGCAGAUCUGCUACUGGAUGCUCAGGCUGCCACAGGCCACAUCAUUGACCCCACAACCAAUCAGAAGCUCACAGUGGAGGAAGCAUGUGCCAAGGGAGUGGUGGACAUCAGGGAUCGAGACAGAUUGUUGGCCGCAGAAGCUGCUGCUGUGGGCUACCGGGAUCCGAGCACAGCUAAGCCUCUCUCAGUGUCUGAUGCAGUGAAGAAGGGAUUAAUUGACAAAAAGACUGGGAUACGACUCCUUCAGGCCCAGGAGUCAGCAGGGGGAAUUCUAGAUCCCAACCUCAGCGUGUUCCUCCCGAAAGAAACAGCUGUCAAGCGCAAACUUUUGGAUGAAGAUCUCUUUUAUGCGCUAAACCAGAGUCCUAAAUGUUAUAUCGAUCCUGACACUGAGCUUGAUGUCAGCUAUCAGGCAUUAAAGAAGAAAUGCAAAACAGAGUACACUGGGCUGGCUCUUCUGUCAAUCAUUGAGCGGAAGGAUCCUUCCAGAUUGAUGUUUGAAGGGGUCCGCAAGCCAGUCUCAGCACAGCAGUUGUUUGAAUGUGGAGUCAUUGACAAGCCAACUUUAGACCAGCUGGUGAAAGGGGAGAAAACUGUCCCAGUGGUGUCUGUGGAAAAGGUGGUCUACCUGAAGGGGACUGGACCAAUUGCUGGAGUGACCGCAGGGGGUCAAGGAAAAAUGUCAUUUUCAGAGGCGAAAAGACAAAAGAUUCUGACUGAUGAUUGUGCAGAUGUGCUGUUGGAAGCUCAGGCCGCCACAGGCCACAUCCUUGACCCUAAAACUGAUAACAAGCUGACAGUCGAGGAUGCUUGUUCUAAAGGCGUGAUAGACAUGAGAGAUCGAGACAGACUAUUGGCAGCAGAGGCGGCUGCUGUGGGAUACAAGGAUCCAAGCUCUUCCAAGCUUCUUUCAGUGUUUGAGGCCAUGAGGAAGGGACUAAUUGACAAGAAGACUGGAGUACGACUCCUUCAGGCCCAGGAGUCAGUUGGAGGAAUUCUAGAUCCCAAUCUAAGUGUGUUCCUGCCGAAAGACACAGCUAUCAAGCGCAACCUUUUGGAUCAAAAUCUCCAUCAAACUCUAAAACAGAGUCCUGCUUGUUACCUUGACCCAGAAACUGGGAAUGAUGUCAGCUAUGGGGCAUUGAAGGAUAGAUGCAAGACAGAGCCUCGCACAGGCCUAAAACUCUUGCCAGUCACUGAAACUCUUGACCCCUCUAAAUUACUAUUUGAAGGCGUCCGUAAGACAGUCACAGCCCACCAGUUGCUUGAAUGUGGCGUGCUGGAUAAAAAGACAUUCCAACAACUAAUAAAAGGGGAGAAAACUGUCCCAGAGGUGUCUGUCGAUAAGAAAGUCUUUCUGAAGGGGACCGGGUCGAUCGCUGGGAUUGCAGCUGGACCUUUAGGGAAAAUGUCCUUUACAGAGGCCAAGAAAAAUAAUAUUAUGCCCAGUAAGAGUGCUGACAUGCUACUUUAUGCCCAGGCAGCUACAGGCUACAUCAUUGAUCCAAGAACUAAUCAGAAACUGACAGUAAAAGAAGCGUGUGCCAAAAGAGUAGUGGAUAAAGAGGAUGAAUCAAAGCUGUUUGCAGCUGAGGCUGCCGCCUUAGGUUACAAGGACCCGAACAGUACCAAGCUCCUAUCAGCAGGCCAGGCCAUGAGGAAGGGAUUGAUUGACAAGGACACAGCUCUCCGUAUACUUCAGGCUCAACAGUCUGUAGGGGGUAUUUUGGACCCUAACCUCAGUAUAUUCCUACCCAAAGACAUUGCUAUGAAACGGGAUCUCAUAGAUGAAGACUUAUACCGGGCCCUGAAUCAAUCUCCUGAGUGCUAUCUGGAUCCAGAAACCCAACAAGCAACUACCUAUGUAUCUCUGAAGAAAAAAUGUAAGGCUGAUCCAAGCUCAGGUCUUUUGUUGCUCCCUGGAUCUAUAAAGCCAUUAACUGUGCAUGGACUCAGGGGCGAGGUGUCCAUCAUGGAUCUGGUAGAUGCAGAUCUGCUGAAACAGUCUGAUGUGGACCAACUAAACAAGGGCAAAUUGACAAAACAGGACAUCGAAGACCGCCUGCGUAUCUACCUGAGGGGCUCCAACUGCAUAGCAGGAAUUUAUGAUGAGGCCAGUGAAAAAGUGAUUCCCUUCUAUCAGGCUAUGAAAGAUGGACUGUUGCGACCUGGGACCACUCUGGAGCUGCUUGAGGCCCAGGCUGCCUCAGGCUUCAUCAUUGAUCCAGUCAACAACCUGUACUUGACUGUUAAAGAAGCCUAUGAUAAAAAACUCUUUGGGCCAGAGUUCAAGGAGAAGUUGCUGUCAGCAGAGAGAGCUGUGACUGGUUACAAAAUGCCUGGCACAGACCAGAUCAUCUCCCUCCUUCAGGCCAUAGAGAAAGGUAUAAUGGAGAGAGGUCACGGCAUCCGUCUACUAGAGGCCCAGAUCGCCAGUGGUGGUAUCAUUGAUCCUGAAGCCGGUCAUCGUAUUGACGUGGAUGUGGCCUUUAGGAAAGGUUACUUUGAUGAAAAAAUGAACAAGAUCCUGACUGAUGAGGAUGAUGACACCAAGGGUUUCUUUGACCCUAACACAGAGGAGAACCUCACCUAUCUGGGGCUUAAGAAACGCUGUAUCACAGACAAGAAGACUGGCCUCAGCCUCCUGCCCAUCGAGGACAAGAGGACGUCCAGUGCGAAGAACACUCUGAGAAAGAGGAGGGUGGUAAUUGUGGAUCCAGUCACUAAUAAAGAAAUGACCAUACGUGAAGCUUACGAUAAGGGGUAUAUUGACUUUGAAACCUUCCAAGAGCUCUCCAUGCAGGAGUGUGAGUGGGAGGAGGUCACCAUCACUGCUCCAGACGGCUCUGUGCGCCUUGUCCUCAACGACAGGAAGACUGGAAAACAAUAUGACAUUGCUGAGCUGAUUGAAAGGCGAGUGAUUGACCAGUCUGUUCUAGAUCAGUACCAGUCCCACAGCAUCACGCUCACAGAAUUGGCAGACAUCCUCACAGAAAAGACCAGACAAGGAUCUUCAUCCUCAGCUUCAAGAGGAUCAGCAGCAUCAGGUUCAACGUCAGUGAAAUCAUCAUCAGCUUCAACGUCAGUGAAAUCAUCAUCAGCUUCAAGAACAAUAACAUCCGGUUCUUCGUCAGUGAAAUCAUCAUCAGCUUCAAGAACAGAAGCAUCAGGUCCAUUGUCUGUGACGUCAUCAUCAUCGGUGGCUAUGCGACCCUCAUCACCCACUCUGACCAAGAUGACCACAACAAGAACCACAACUUUCACCGAGCGAAGCUGCACAGCCAGUGAUGAUCUGGACUCACCUGACUCCUCCAAGCAUUUCUCCAGCGUGUGCAUCAAUCUGGCCUCUCCUGCUGAGGCAGUGGGUGAACAGGAACCCGUGGGUGCCAUCUUUGACACAGACACCGUGGAGAAGAUAACCAUCAUGGAGGCUGUAAAUCGUGGUCUGGUGGAUUCAAUCACUGCCCAGAGACUGCUGGAAGCACAAGCCUGCACUGGAGGAGUCGUGAAUCCCAGUAAUGGCCGUAGGCUCAGCAUCCAAGAGGCCUCCCGCAUGGGCAUAAUAGAUGACCAAAUGGCAACUAGGCUAAAGGCUGCACAGAAAGCCUAUAUUGGCUAUAAUGAUGUAAAAAUCAAGAGGAAGAUGUCUGCUGCAGAGGCCAUGAAAGAGAGGUGGCUACCAUAUGAGGCAGGACAGAGGUUCCUGGAGUACCAGUUUGUUACAGGGGGGCUUUAUGACCCAGAAGACGACUGCAGAAGAUCCUUGGAAGAUGCUUUGAAAAUGGGCUGGCUGGAUGGGAGAUCAGCCCAGAAGCUCCAGGACAUCAGACACCACACAAAGAAUCUGACCUGCCCCAAGAGCAAACUGAACAUCUCUUACUUGGAGGCUCUGAAUAACUGCAUGGUGGAGGAGAGCACUGGCGUGAAGAUGCUCCAGGCAUCAUCUGUGUCUUCAAGAGGGAUCAGCAGUCCAUACAACUCCUCUAAUCCGGGGUCCACCACCGGCUCCAGGAGCGGCUCACGACGAGGCUCCCGCAGGGGCAGCAUGGACAUGGGCCCCUCCACCUCCUCGCUGACGACUACCUACAGUCACUCAAGCUACUCCAACUUCUAAAUCUAGAAAGGAAAAGAUCCUGUACAUGCAUGCUCUUUUCUUACAAAUUAGUAUUUUUUAAAGUGGGAAAAAACAACUGGGUUAAAGAGAGAAUUGUGUGUUGUACUUUUUGCAUAGUUUUAGAUGUUAGAUUGGUGAUGCUAAGCUUUUAAAGAUGAUAUUUCAAACAAUAACGUAAAUGAACUUAAUUCUGAAAACGGACUAAAGUAUUAAUACAAGUCAUCUUAAGGUAUUUGGAUUUGAAAUUAAUGUUAUGUUAUUAUAAAUGUUGGUGCCCCUAAAAUAGGCUUAGAGAGAAUGGCCAAAUACACAUAUUUCAAAUAUAUUUUCAUAGAAUAUAACUGCUUUUUAAGCCUUGCAUUGGUAACAUACAUUAGGGGUGGUAACGAGUUUACAUGUGUUUGAUAUUAAAAUAUCCUGUUUUGUGUGAGAAGGGAUGCAAGGUCGGGUUUUUAUAUGUUUGUUUAAUUACUAAAAAAUUUUUUACUGAACCAAUUAUUGGUCUACUGCGAUUUAGAGCUUCCAGUUUUGUAACGAUCUCUAAGUAUCUUACAAUAAAAUGUAACCUUAUA